CAAUGUUCGUUUAUCGUUAAUUCAUUUCAGAACAAGGAAUUUCGAGUAUGUGUUGAUACAAGUAAUAAAUAUAAUAAUAAUGCUAAUAAAAAAAAAUAUCUUUGUUCUCUUUCUUUCUGCGGUAUUGGGGGUGAUCCCAUUGGAAUUAAUUUCGGGUGACCAGUUUUAACAAAUAAACGACGCUUUUUUCCAAAGUUUGUUAGUUGUUCAGAGUGUGAAUUUAUUUUUAUAAAGCUUUAUAGUCUAAAUUUUUUGAGGGUUUCACUGUUUUUGGUCAGAACUUACAGCUAAAUGUAUCAUUUCUAAGUCUGACGAAUCGUCGGCUACUACAAGUAUGYUAAUUUUUCCAGGCUUGUAAAAUAUUUCUGGUGCGAGUUCUUUCCUUAUAGUAUGCCACCUUUUCAGUUAUACAUUUUAAUUUUUUGGUGACACAACAGAAGAUAAAGGUUGGUGAUCGGUAUAAAUUACUGCGUAAGAUUGGAAGUGACCAUAGAAUGGCAGAAAAUUCUUUUUAAUUUGUGGCAUAGUUUUACUCAGUUUUGUUAAGUGUUUUAAAAAUAAAAGUACUAGGUUUAUCGUUUUGUGAUAUUACUGCACAUACUGCUAUAUUUUACGGAUCAGUUGUUAAAACAAUUUUUUUAGGGAAAUUUGGUUGAAAAAACUCAGUUUGGUUUUUAAGCAAUUGCUUUAGCUUUUCAAAUGCUGAAAUUUCAUCUUUGCCCAAGUUUAUUUUAAUUUCCUUUGACAUGUGGUGUGAAACAUGGCCAUUUUCGCCAGAUAACAAUUUUCUUGGCAUUAGUUUUUAUUUUAUUUCUUGUCAAAAUAUAACCCAAAAACUCUACUUCCCCUUUAUUAAAUGUUGAUUUUUCUACUUUCUGCAAAUACUAUGAUAUCGUCCGUAUAGACUGGCAAAAUUUUCUGAUACAGUCCCUUAAAAUGUUGUCCAUUGUUCGUUGCACUAUUCCAGGAACAUUUUUUAUUCAUUCUUAAAUACUCCUCGGUAUUUUCCUUUGUUUACUGAGAAUGCCGUUUUUUCAAUAUCUUCAUMUUCCAUUAAUAUUUGAUAGAAGCCCGAUUCUACGAUUUGAAAAGGAACAACAGUAAUAAAUUCAUUUCGAUUACAAAAAUGUAGUGUUAUUUAGUUGAGCUUCUCCAAGUAAAUGAAAGUUAAUCCAAAGUAAAUACUGAAUCGAAGCGUGUCUGCCACAUUUUUUGUUUUUUGGUCUGACGUUAACACAAACAAGCGGAUGGUUUCCCAACUCGUGAACAUGCAACGUAUAACAGCCCAUGUGAAAAACAAAGAUUUUUAAAUUUAUCGCGCAAACCCUAAGCGAUUGGCUUUGCGACUUGUUAAUUGUCAGUGCGAACGCAAGACGAACUGGAAAUUGCAAUCGUUUGAAGUUAAAUGGAAGGUCAGUCGGAAUCAUUGAUAUCCGAGGAAAUAUCAAUUUUUUAUUUAUUUUCACCUGCGUACUUUCCGUUAAUAAUGGUUGGCUUCAUCAAAUUCGGCAUAAGUCUUUUUACCGAAAGUCGAGUACCGUUUUAAAGUCGCGAUGGAUUCACAUUACGCAAUAUCAUAACAACUGUACCAACUUUGAGUUGCAAGUUAUGUGGUGGAAAUCCUGGUAACUCCAGAGAGUUAAAAAACUAGGUUGGAUAAUUUACUAAAUCAUCAUGAUUUGUUAUGGAAUCAACGGAUUUGUAUGUCACCAAAUCGCCAGCAAUUUUUGAUUGAAUGGUGAAAUUCAGUGUGCGUACAUCAUUAUUCUAUGCGGCAAGGAUUGCUCGUUGACUUAACCAAGCAUAAUUCUGAUAAUUCUCAYUAAUUUUUGGGAAAACAUUUUCAAUAAGAGCUAAAUAUGAGUCUAUCAUUUUGAAGUUGAACUCUCAUAUUAGUGGUUAGCGAUAAURUUUUUACGUUAUUCCAUAAAGGUGAUGCAUUCUGGCAAGCAUUCAAUUCGUUUGCAGGCGUUCCACGGUGAAUUACUGGCAACGUCUGCCUGAAAUCGCCUGCCAACAACAUCAUCAAGCCGCCAAAGAUGUUGUUAUUUCGCCGAAGAUCCUUCAGUAUUAAGUUAAGUGUUUCAAGUGAUUUAUUAUGUGCCAUUGUGMACUCAUCCCAAACAAUGAGCUGGCAUUGCAUCAACAAUUUUCCCAUUGCACUGGAUCGGCAAAUACUGCAGGUUGGAGUAUCAAUUGCGUUUAAAUUGCAUGGAAACUUAAGCGCAGAAUGURCAGUACGACCGCSAUCUAGAAGAGUCGCCGCAAUUCCAAAUUCYAAUUCCAAUUCCAUAGCCAAAGCUAUGUCACAUCUUGACCGAAUAGAGGCCAAAAUCAAUGAAACAAGGAGGGGUCGCUAAAAUUCGUUGUUAGGCGUUAUAUAAUCACUUGUAUUGAGUUUGUGUUGYUUAGUUCAAUUGCCACUGAUAUAAUAGGUUUAAUGUUCAUAUAUCUUUUACUACUAAAGCUACCAUAACCAAAUUUUCUCGGCACAAAUAUUAUAAUUUUAUCACCAAGAUGGUAUGAGAGGACUUUAUAGAAGCCAGUGUGAAAAUUUAAUGAUGGGCGUGGCAUCGUCCACUUUUUGGUGAAAUCACAUAUCUCAGGACUUAACGGGAUAAAAUUAUGCACUAAUAGUUCCUACAAAAAUUAAAGCUUACGACCAAAAAUUGUUCCAAUCCAACCAAACUUGUUCAAGCCCCUAGGUAACGAAUAUGUGGAUCCCAGUAUCUAUAGUUGACUUAUAAUCGAAAAUAUCGAUCAAUUUGUGAGAUAUGCAGUUGAAAUUCAGACAAAACCCUUUCUUGACAAUAGUAAUUCUGUGUGUCAAAAAUGAGUUGAAUCGGGUCAAUACUUCCUUGAGCCCCCAUAUACCUAAUAAAAAGAUUUUCGAAGCGUUAGAUGGCUUUAUGCUGGAUAUACCGGCCAAAUUUUAGAUAUCGCAAUGAAAACAUAUUUUACAUGUUUUUAAAGAGAUAAAAUUGGGCGAAAACUUGAUCUUGCCCCCACAUAACUAUUGCAAGGAUUUUCGAGCAUACACUUGACUUUUUUCAUAUGAUUGGUGAUUGUAUGUAAGGUACCUUAAUGAAACCCAAGGAACAUUUUUUUAGCAUGUUAAUAGUAUGUCGUAUUGGAAAAAAUAAAAAAUCGAGUCGAUACUAUCCCAACUUACCUUAGAAGAAUAUUUCGGUCAGUGUAUAAGUACCUUAAGCUAUUUCCCUGGCAUUGAUUUCUCCAAGUUGCAAGAGAAUAAAGUGCUCGGUUGGACCCGAACUUAGCCCUUCCUUACUUGUUAAAUUGUAUUUAUUCCGCGUAAUCACUUACUUAUCUAGUGGUGACUUUUACAGUAAAUUGGUAAACUUGCUCCACAAAAUUUUAUUUUCUGGAGGUCACAGACGUCUAAUUACGCCCAUCUACAAUACAAAUCUUCUUAUGGUCCUAAGGAUAGUAUGUUUCAUUAAUAUAUCUCACUUUUUAAGUUAUCGCUAAAACGAGCGAACGGACGAACAUCCAGGGAAUCGGAAUUUAAUUUACAAUUCUGAUCAUUUAUAUAUGUACAUAUACAUAUGUACUAUAUGCACAUAUGUCUCAAUAGAUUCAGGUAUCAACAACCGUUCGGUGAACAAAGUAGUUAUACUCUCUGUUUCAAUAUGUUGCCAGGCUAAAUUGAAAUUUGAGGAAUGUACUGCGACCCGUGGUGUACUGUGUUGCGAGAGUAUUAAAAGAAGAAAUAGGUAUGACAUUUAGCCGACUUUCAGCAAACCGUAUGCUCACCACAUCCUUAUUCUUCUACAUUGAUAUAAAAUAUAUGACUAUAAAUAAAUCAUUUAAACUUCUUUUAGAUUAGUACAUUUGCCUAAUGUCAUAUUGCAGCAAAUGAUAUGAGAUCGUCUUUCAUAAUAUAAAAUGGAGUGUUUAGUUCCUUUUGAACAUAGCCCUUUCAAACUUCCUGAUACGUAUUCACAUUCGCAGGCACUUACUUUAAUUUCGAAGAUACACUCAAAUUUCUAUUUAGUCAAAAAUUGCUAUGUGAGGAACGUAAAUAAAAAAUCAAACCAUUACAAAAAAAUAUUUGUAUAACUUUUUAACAAACAAAAUGUUCCUACGCGUUGUCAAAUGGUAAAAAUUAAAUGGCAUAUUCACCAAUACAUAGUCGCGUAAAAUGAUUGGUUUAAUAAUUAUUACGAAUAAUUAUCAGCAAUUAACGGAAUAAGUUUAAGCCAAUAUCAAUAUAAAUAUACUCAUAUCACUGUCAUCAACAUGUCAGGUGACUGUCCACACAGCGACCAAUUUCAGCAUCCAUUUAAAUUAUGGGAUAAAACACAUAUGCUUUCUACUUAUGACAAUUACUUAAGCAUCGUCAAUGAAUUAAAGAACGAAUUAACGUUCAUCUCGAGACAACUGGCCAUGGUACAAAAAGAGUUUUGUGAAUCAUCCGAACAUGAUGAGGAUCGCCGCACAAUGCUUGAAUCUUCUCUCAAAACAUUGGAAUCCCAAAACGACUUACUGCAGCAUGCAUUGGAACAAGUUGCACACGACAAUCAGAAACACUGUUAUGAACUUAUCCAGAGUAACGAAAAUCUUCGAUGUCAGGUACAGCAACUGCAGGAUACCAUUUUGGAAAAAGAGCAAUGCAUAGGAAAGCUAAAUAGUAUGCUAGACCAACUGCGAUGCGAACAACAAUGUUCUAACGACUGUUGUCUUAAAGCUAAAGACAAGGAAAUACGAGAGUUGUGUCAGAAGGUGGAACAGGCGAAUAAAAAAGUUGAAUCACUUGGAUGUGAACUAAAACAAAGCCAAAAGCAGGAGCGGUUUUUGCUUUGCGAAACUCGUAAACUGAACGAAGAAUUGAAUGACAGUAAACGGAAACACGAUAACUUAAGUACGCAGAUGCAUCGAUUAAAUAAAUUAUUGAAGUCACAAAAUGAUUGUCGGAUAGAUAUUUGUAAAAAAUACGAAGAACUGGAACGGAACUAUGAGGAUCAGGCGAAACAGUUAAGAGCCGCCUGUGCGCAAAUGAACUGCCUACAAGAAYGUUUAGCACUGAUGGAUAAACGACAAGAGGAGCAUAACAUGGAGCGUAAUCUAUUAAGAGAUGAGGUACUCGCUUUGAAAGAAAAAGAGGCGAAAUUACUAAAUAAACAAAGAUGUCUGGGAGAUAAAUUAUUGAAGACAGAAAAUGAAUUAUAUACGGCACACGAUGUAAUGAAGGAGCAGCAACAUAUCAUGCAACGCAGUGAAUCAACACAAAAAGACUGUACAAAGCGACUUCAAGAGGCGAACAAUGAGCUAAAGCGACAAUUCAACGUACUUUGCGAUGACUACAAGCAACUCGAGAUUGAGUACAGAAAACAAUGUGAUCUACGCAAACAAAAUGAGAAGGUUAUUGACUCAUUUCGAAAAUGGAAGGAAGCACAGCUUAAAGCAGAUGACGCGACUCGAGCAAGUUUUAAACAGUAUGAGGGACACAUUAAAUAUAUUUGAUGGCGCGUACUGAACUCCAUACCUCAACAUUUAUG